AUGAAAAUCCAUUAUAUUAAUAUAUUAUUGUUUGAGCUUCCAUUAAAUAUAUUGAUAUAUAAUCAAAGGAACCAUUACAUCACACGUACACCAAAAGCAACCACAAGGUCAUUAAGCGAAUGUGAAUUAUAUGCACCAUCCAACUAUGAUAAUGACCCACAAAUGAAAGAAGUUAUGGAUAAUUUCAAUCGUCAAACACAACAGAGAUUUCAUGAAUACGAUCAUCGUAUGAAAACUACACGCCAAAAAUGUAAAGAACAAUGCGAUAAAGAAAUCCAAAAAAUUAUUUUAAAAGAUAAAUUGGAAAAAGAAUUAAUGGACAAAUUUGCCACACUACACACAGAUAUACAAAAUGACGCCAUUCCAACAUGUGUUUGCGAAAAAUCAGUGGCAGAUAAAGUGGAAAAAAAUUGUAUGAAAUGUACACAAAAUUUGGGAGGUAUUGUUGCACCCUCAUCAGGAGUAUUAGCAGGAAUUGCUGAAGGUGCGUUAUAUGUGUGGAGAGAUGCGGAAAUUGUUGCUGCUAUAGCAGCAGCCAAGGAAGCAGGUGCUGCUAAGGGUGCUGCUGUAGGUAUUAAGGAAGGUAUUAAAGUACUCCUUAAUAGAUUAAAUACAGAUUUUGGGUUAUCGCCUGUACGUAUUAAGGAAUUGGAGUCAGUUAUUAAUGGAACAAAUUAUACUGAUGUCACCUUCAUUUAUGAAGCUAUUUAUACUACAUAUAAGAGAUCCUGUGUACCUGUUGAUGUCUCUGUUCGUUUCACUGUUGCUGACACUGAUCUGACUUUUUGCGAGUCGGUGUGGAACCAAACUCUUGCUGUAUCACAACGAAAUAUGGGUACUUCACCAUUACCUAUUAUACAAAAAACUGCACAAAAAAUCGUCUCAGAUGCCAAUUUUACUGCUGCAGCAACUGCAGAAACGGCUACUGAAGAAGCUACUACUACACUCACAGCUAAGAACACUGGUGAGGUAAACGCUACAUAUAUGGGUUACCAAACUCCUAUUAUUGCUUCUAUCGUUGCAAUAUUGGUAAUAGUUUUGGUUAUGAUAAUUAUUUAUUUGAUUUUACGUUAUAGACGAAAAAAAAAAAUGAAGAAAAAACUCCAAUAUAUCAAAUUAUUAGAAGAAUAG